AUGCUGGUGCAUGUGCAAUUGCACCGAGUGCAUCCACAGUACGUGCAUCCACAGUACGUACAUCCUCAGUACGUACAUCCACAGUACGUGCAUCCACAGUACGUACAUUUACAGUACGUGCAUCCACAGUACGUACAUCCACAGUACGUGCAUCCACAGUACGUACAUCCACAGUACGUGCAUCCACAGUACGUGCAUCCACAGUACGUGCAUCCACAGUACGUACAUCCACAGUACGUGCAUCCACAGUACGUACAUCCACAGUACGUGCAUCCACAGUACGUGCAUCCACAGUACGUGCAUCCACAGUACGUGCAUCCACAGUACGUGCAUCCACAGUACGUGCAUCCACAGUACGUGCAUCCACAGUACGUACAUUAA